AUGCUUAGAAAUAAUGAACACAAAGACGAAGAUGAUGAUUUCAUGGACAUGUCUAAUUCAAUGGAUCCAGUAGCUGGUGAUAUUUCAGAUAGCGAUGCCGUUGUUACUAAUGAUCCAGCCAUUUCAUCAUCAUCAUCAUCAUCAUCAUCAUCAUCAUCGUUGACAUCAUCGUCUGAUGCUGAAUUAUAUGAUGAAGCUAAUUCAAAUUUAUUUUUAUUAUUUUUUAUCUUGUAUUUCGUGUACUUCUGA